CCCAUGUACUUCUUCCUGGGCAACUUGUCCUGCCUAGAGGCCUGCUACAGCUCCACCAUCCUGCCCAGGCUGCUUGCCAGCUUCCUGACAGGGCACAGGGCCAUCUCCAUACGCUGCUGCAUCCUGCAGUUCUCCUGCUUCGGUUCUCUCACAGGAGCGGAGUGCUGUCUCCUGGCUGUGAUGUCCUUUGAUCGCUAUGUGGCUAUCUGCAGACCACUGCACUAUGCAGCCCUGAUGAGUGCCAGAUUCUGCUGGCAGCUGGCAGCGGCGUCAUGGGUCGGUGGGUUCCUGGCCACGUCUGCCAACACCUUCUGGCUGUCAGCCAUGGUCUUCUGUGGCCCCACUGACCUCGACCACUUCUUUUGCGAUUUUGCCCCACUCCUAAAACUGUCCUGCUCUGACACCAGCCUGAUGGCUCUGCUGACCUUGCUCCUUUCUGCUUUGUUCACCCUGCCCCCCUUCCUCCUCACCCUCACCUCCUACCUCUGCAUCAUCACCGCCAUCUGGAGAAUCCCAUCCUCCACUGGCCGGCACAAAGCCUUCUCCACCUGC